AUAACAAAACCACCUUUGCCUUUCUUUACUUACAACUUGUUAUAUUAUAUUAUACCCAGAAGAGCAUCACGGAAAUAUAAAUAUGUCCGAAAAAACCUCCGUCCUCUUCGUCUGCCUCGGCAACAUCUGCCGCUCCACAAUGAGCGAAGGCGUCUUCCAAUCCCUCGCCCAGGCGGAGCCAUACACAGACCUAAUCGAUCGCAUCGAUAGCUGCGGCACGGGGGCUUAUCAUGUUGGCGACUCGCCGGAUCGGAGGACGAUGGCGACGCUGAAGGCGAAGGGGGUGAAGGGGUAUAAGCAUGCUGCUAGACAGCUCCGCCCCUCAGACUUCCAAGAAUUCGACUACAUCUUUGCCAUGGACUCCUCCAACCUCUCCGGCACCUGCCGGAUACAACAACUCAAAGCCCCCGACGGCAAAGCCAGGGUCCUCCUCUUCGGCGAGUACAGCGGCGGCAAGGUGGAGCAGAUCGAGGACCCGUAUUAUGGUGACGAUGACGGGUUUGAGAAGGCGUAUGAGCAGGCGGUCAGGUUUUCGACGAACUUUUUGGAGGAGUUGAGGGGGAAGGAGGGGGGGUUGAAGAAUUGA